UGAUAAAGUUUAGUGAUUUUUGAAAAUAAAACUGUUUCUGAUGGUAGCAUAAUAAUUUUAAAACAUAGUGAGACAGCUAUUCGGAACAAUUUGUGAGGAAGUUUCGAGAAAUUCGAAGAGUUGGGAUUGUUGAUAUCGCAAUUUCAGCGGAGCUGUAAAGUUAGUUCGAAAUGGCCGAUACUGCAAAGAAACCCGCCGCCAAGAAGGCAGGAGGUAAGGCUAAAGUUGCCGAAGCCCCAAUCGUCGCCAAGGGUGUGAAGAGUUCCCAGACCAAGGAAGCUAUUAAGGCCCGUAUCCUCAAGGCAAAGGCACAGCGUACUGCCAAAACUGCUCUUCCUUACCAAAAGAAAGGCUACGGUCGUCUGUGGGCUAAGGCCGUAUUUACUGGAUACAAACGUGGUCUGCGUAACCAACACGAGAACCAUGCCAUUCUGAAGAUUGAGGGAUGUCGCAAUCGCAAAAAUGUUCUUUUCUACAUUGGCAAACGCUGCGUUUAUGUUUACCGUGGCAAGGCAAAGCGCAAUGCUCCUGGAAAUGCCGAGAACAAGUCUAACAUCCGCGCCAUCUGGGGUAAGAUCACUCGCUCGCACGGUAAUAGCGGUAGCGUUCGGGCCCGAUUCCGAACAAAUCUGCCAGGUCAUGCUAUGGGACAUCGCAUCAGGAUAAUGCUGUACCCAUCCAGAAUUUAAGUUCAAAAUAAAAACUUUUCGUGUAAAUUUACAAGAGGUUAAAAUAAAAGAAACGGGAGGCAUUCCUAGUGAAAAAUUA